AUGGGGAAUGUAAAAGAUGAAGGGAAGAAAAUGGAUCCUUUGUUUCCGAGGCUUCAUAUUAGUGAUGCCGAUAAAGGAGACCCGAGAACACCUCCAAGGAAUAAAAUGGCUAUAUCUCAACAGUUUAAUGUACCCUCACAAAGCGGACAAAGGUUUGUUUCCGGAUCUGUGUCACCGGUUUUACCUCUUUCUACCAACAAUGGUAAUCGUUUGGGUCCUAGCACAUCAUCUUCUUAUCAUGAUGCAAACUACAAAAGAAGUAUGCUUUCGUCUUUUGGGCGGUCAUGUGGAUCAACAAGAAUGGCUACAAGACUCGAUUCUUAUCACUCAAGUGGUAUCAAUUUGAAUAUAUCAUUAACAACCGUUAAACAAACGAUAGAAACUACUAAUUGUCAAACCUUAUGCAACACUGGACAUCCAAAACCUCAAGAGUUUAGAACUACAAGGAACAACACUAUAGUCAAGAAGCUUGAAUAUGAAGAUGAUUACCUGGUUCCAAGUUUUACAUUUGGGAACGCCCAACACGAUACAAAUAGAGGGAGUUUCAGCACAAAUGUUUAUCAAAAGCAAUUGAAAAUAACCGAUAAAGAGAUCACCCAUGAAAAUAAACAAAACACUAUGACAUCUAAAGACAUUGCUAGAGAACCCAUGCCAUGUUAUAAUUCUGAUAGAGGUCGGUUUUCAGAAAUGUUAAACGAAGAUGUGUCUCCCUCAAUAAAGAAAAGGAUCUUGAUAGAUGAACCACAAACGUCCCAUGAUCCCAGUACUAGGUUGCCACUUAAAAGAAAAGGUUUUCAAGAAAACAUGGUCUACAAAGAUGGUACAAAAAAUAUAUGGACUUUUCUCGGAGAUAAUAGAAAAGUUGAUAGGGAUACUCAUGAAGCUCUUGCUACUGUUAAUAAAAGUGAAGAAGAUCAUGGCUUUUUACAUUUAGGAGAUGCUCGGAAAACUACCAACAGAUUAGAGACAAACUUUCUUUCAGGAUUUAAUAUAAACCCCGGGGAAGUUUCACAAAUAAUCGGUCCAGAACAAUAUUGCAUAGCAAGACGAACAAUUAUUCAACAACAAAGAGUUUUCCAGUCACAACUCUUCGAGUUGCAUCGAUUAAUAAAGGUACAAAAAAUACUAGCAGAAUCACCUGAUCUUUUGAUAGAAAAUAGUUUUUACAAACUAAAGAAGUCGCCAUCUGAAGACAUGUUCCCACAUCUUUUUCAUCGGAAACAAAACAAUGAUACCGGAAAAAUAUACAACCCGAAUUUAGUAGACCUCCCACCGCCACCACCACCACCACCACCGACUAUCAACGGUGGCAAACAACCACCAUGGUGCUUCCUUCCAACACCUCCACCAGGAAACCAAUGGUUGGUGCCUGUUAGGUCACCAUCUGAGGGACUAGUUUACAAACCCCUCGCCGGAGCUUCUCCACCACCUCUCGGCCUCAUGCCACCAGUGUAUGGCAUGAGCCUAACACCCUCAAAUGCGGACUUCCUCACCAAUGGUUAUAAUAUUCCAACAUCUUACCAACAAGGAAUCAGUGUAUUUCCGAGCACUUCCCUUUUAACAUCAUAUGGAUUUCCAGCGAUAACCAAACAUAUUAGUUCUCCAGCGAUCGAUGACAGUGUGAACUAUAGCAAAAAUAGUAAAACCGCGUGUAAUAUAGAGAGUGAUUUGCAGGGAAGUAGUGGAAGCAGCUCUAAUGAAAGAAAAAAAGGAGAUGAACUUCCUCUUUUUCCAACCACACCGAUGGCUCAAACUUCUGAUCAAUGUACAGAACGAAAGCAGGGAUCUAAUGAACGGAUAAAAGUGAUCAAAGUUGUACCACAUAAUCCGAAAUUGGCAUCUGAAUCAGCUGCUCGUAUAUUCCAGUUCAUACAAGAGGAAAGGAAACAUAAUGAAUAG